CGCUACGUCAUAUGGCAGUAACCCUUAGGAGCGGAGCCCCGACAUGUAUGCUCUUUUCAAUGCUCGGAAAGCACUGGGUGUGGCAGUGGGGCGGGGCUUGCGCUGUUUGUCCCAGCUGGCCGAGUUGCCCGAAAUUCACCAGAUGCUGAGACAGACAUGCAGGGACUUCGCAGACAGAGAGUUGGCCCCCAUCGCUGCCAAGUUGGACAGGGAGCAUGCCUACCCUGCCAAGCAGGUGCGGGAUUUGGGAGAGCUGGGAGUCAUGGCGGUGGAGGUGCCAGAGAGUUUGGGAGGUGCUGGCCUCGACUACCUGGCUUACAGUCUGGCUGUGGAGGAGCUGAGCAGGGGAUGCGCCUCCACAGGGGUCAUCGUCAGCGUCAACAACUCUCUUUAUCUGGGCCCGAUCCUUAAGUUUGGCACUGAAGAGCAGAAGAAAGAGUGGAUUCCUCCUUUCACCACUGGAGAAAAAGUGGGCUGCUUUGCCUUGAGUGAGCCAGGUAACGGCAGUGACGCAGGUGCAGCCUCCACCAUGGCACGCCUUGAGGGUGAUGAGUGGGUGCUGAACGGCACCAAGGCCUGGAUCACCAACAGCUGGGACGCCUCCGCGGCCGUUGUUUUCGCCACCACAGACAAGAGCCUCAAACACAAGGGCAUCAGUGCCUUCCUGGUGCCCCUGCCCCACCCUGGAGUGUCUCUGGGUAAGAAGGAGGACAAACUGGGCAUCCGCGCCUCAUCCACUGCCAACCUCAUCAUGGAGGACUGCCGCCUUCCACUGGGCAAUCUGCUGGGCCAACGUGGCAUGGGCUUCAAGAUCGCCAUGCAAACGCUGGACAGCGGGCGGAUCGGCAUCGCUUCUCAGGCUCUGGGCAUUGCGCAGGCGGCGCUGGACUGCGCGGCCGACUACGCCCACAAGAGGACAGCUUUCGGGGCGCCCAUCGGGAAGAUGCAGGCUAUCCAGUUUAAACUGGCAGACAUGGCAGUGGCGCUAGAGAGUGCUCGUCUCCUCACGUGGAAAUCUGCCCUCCUGCGAGAUGCGAAAAAGCCCUUCUCCAAGGAAGCUGCCAUGGCCAAACUGGCAGCAUCAGAGGCAGCUACUUUCAUCUCCCACCAGGCGAUCCAGGUGUUGGGGGGAAUGGGAUAUGUGACGGACAUGCCUGCGGAGAGACACUACCGCGACGCGCGCAUAACAGAGAUAUACGAAGGAACAAGCGAGAUCCAGAGGCUAGUCAUUGCCAACCAGCUGCUGAAGGAAUACCAGCCCUGAUUGGAGGAGCCAGUCCCUGCCUCAGAACCUGCCCCACGUUGAAUUGUGCCUGGAUAUUGGUGCAACACUACAGCGUCCCCAACAAUGCAGACUCGCAGAGCGAUCGUCAUCUUAAGAUGUCUGCUCUUGGAACUCAAUCACUGUGGAUAAGUUUAAAUAUUAACUUUUUGAUUGGGGUUUUUGAAGUCUCGCCAAGAAAAAGUCCUCUGAAGUGCCACCGAUAAGUGCUUUGCGAUCACUCAAAAUUGCAGUUCCUUUAUUAACCAUGAGAGAGAGAGAGAGCUGAGUGUAAAUUCUUACCUGCGCCUGCUCUUGGAGAAGGGAUUUCAUAGGAACACAAUUACCUCACAGGAUAUGGGAGCCAUAGGUGCAGUGCUGUUCAUGCAACUGUUAGGGCUUGGAUGGUUGUUUUUGGCUGACUGAUUGUAUAUAGCCCACACAAUGCAGUUUGUGUAAAUUUUCUAAAAAAAUAAAUUAACAUCCAAAGGUAUUUAUGGUGUCUUUUUGUCAGAGACUGUCAGCAGUUAGUUGAUUUAUUUGGUAGGACUUGAUCACUUUGCUGUUGAUGAUAAAUUUACAGUUCACAAUAGUUCUGUGCACUGUACUAGAUGUACUGGAUGUACUAGUAAAUGUACAUAAUUGUACAUCAUUGCAAUGAAUUUGUCCCUGGGCCAGUAAAGUCAUAUCAUAAAAACAUG